UUUCCGAAGUUGCUAGUCAAUGGUUAAGAUUCUGUUCAGGUGACCGUAAGAGGGGGCUUGUUUAGCUUCUUCUUUUUUUUACAUUUUUAUCUAGCUGUACCAUGAGAGUCGUUGGUUGCCGGGACCUUGUGUUCUAUUAGUAAUUCCAUUUUCUCUCGAACCUACAAAAACUUAGGGAGUAUGGCCACGAGAUCCUUGUGGCGCACCCGAGGGAAGCUCGCGGUGGCAGCCACCGUGGCCUCUUCCGAGGACCCAGAGACUGCUCUGAAGCUCUGCACCGCCGUUCCUGUCCGCCUCUAUCUAGACACCGUCACUGCCCAAACCCCCUCUAUUGCCUUUGGUUUUGAAUACUCGCUGGUUGUCCGGAGGAAGUGUUGAGGGGAGAAAGUUAAACAUGUAGUUCACUCAAGGUCCACUGGAAAACUUCAAAAACUGUGGAGUAUAUAUUAAGCUUGGGUAACAACACCCUGGGCAGCCGGUGUGCUUUCAGUCUGCUUCCUUAAGCAUGCAUGAAAUCAAAUUCUAUAUCUGUUCUGUCAAGUCAAUGUGUGAGAUGGGUUAUUUGGCCGUUGAGUAAUUAAUCAGUUGAGUGGUAUUAGAUGAUAAGUUUAUUGUCCAUACAGGAAUAUUUAGUACCUGGUGAGUCCGUUCAGACAAUGAGGGAGUCAAUGCUGAGAACAAAUUUCUUCGUAUGAUCAAGCGUGUGAGGUUUUCAAGAAAGAGCUUGAAGAGACACCUUGUGGCCACCAUUGAUAAGUUUAUUGUUCAUGUAGCUCGAACACAUGAUGGCCAAAAGUUGUCUGUGAGGGUAUUCAUUGCUGUCCCUUUAACUGAAAACAAGUUUUGUACGUGUUUGGUGGAAUUAAGUUUUCAUAUACGUACAUGCAGGAAAUAACUUGUGGGGUUUGUCUUUUAACCUCUAUUUAAUUUUAUCAGCACAUUGUUCAUGACAGAUACUGCCACUGCAGAUCGUCCCACUGUGGAAUUGAUUUGUGAAUACCCUACAUAGGGUUUUCCCUUCUUUUUUGCUUACAGGUAGCAUCGUGGAUAGAUGGUUAACCAUGUACUUGUUCAGAUAUUUGUUCAUGUAUUUGAUACUAAGAUCACUUUUCGGAGAUCCAGCUUAUUAAUUAUGCAUGAUAAAUGACCAUGUGCACUCGAAAUUUGGUUUUAUAUGAGAUGUGCAUUUUUUUUCCUUUUCAAGUGUGCAGGCAUCCCUUUCUUCUAUCUGUUGUAAGUGGCUGUUCAUGGUCUUGAAGAGCUAUUGUUAAUUGAAAUUUCCAUGGAUUGCAUGUGCAGAUGGGUUGGUUGAUGAAAUUAGUGAAAGUUUGCCCAAGGCAAGUAGAGUCAACAUCCGGAUGGGCAUCGUGGUGGGGAUGGUGGGCUGUCCAAGUUGCAGUAGCAACUAUUGCAUUUCAUUAAUGGGGAAGACAUAAAUGGUUGGUGUUGUUUGGUGCUGGGCUAUUCACACCCGUUACUUCUUCGGCGCACAUAAAUGUUUCUCGUCUAAUUUCUCGCGAGUAGGUGGGAAUAUACUCGCCUUUUGCCAUUUUAUAGUAAACAGCAACUAUAUAUUAUGUAGUUGUAAGUUUUCGUGGGUAGUUAAUUAAUACAAGAAUAUAGUCUGGGAUUCAUCGAUGAAAAUCCUAUCAUCAUGAACUCAUCAUCAAUGAUUUUAUUUUGACAGUAAAGAACUCGCAAAAUUGGAGGGAAGAAAUCAAUGAAGAGAGAGACACUUGCCACUGUUACGGAACAAGUACGUGAUGGACCUGUACACCUAUUUUAAUGAGGAGGAGGCAGAGGAGGGUUCAUGCAAUUGGGCAAUAAAAGCCUACUCACAGCCAAGCAGAGAGAGAGAGAAAAAAGAGUUUUGUGUUCAAAGAAAAAAGAAAACGAAAAACAGAUUUUUCACGCCAGAGAAAAUGGUGGGACCGAGUAGACCGCAAUUCGUUUUCUUUGGAUCGUCCAUUGUACAACUCUGCUUCAGCCAUGGCGGUUGGGGUUCCGUCCUCUCCGAUAUCUACUCUCGCAAAGCAGACAUAUUGUUGCGAGGGUACUAUGGAUGGAACUCGCGGCGUGCUAUCCAGGUUCUCGAUCAAGUUUUUCCAAAGGAAGCUCCUGUGCAACCAUCUCUGGUGAUAGUUUAUUUUGGUGGUAAUGAUUCGAUGGGGCCUCACUCGUCUGGCCUGGGCCCUCAUGUACCACUUAAUGAAUACAUCGAGAACAUGAGAAAGAUUGCAAUUCAUCUCAAGAGCCUUUCAGAUACAACACGCAUCAUUUUUCUGAGUUGUCCUCCUGUUGAUGAGACCAGAGUUGGUUCAGGCUUAAGUGGAAUUUUCAGUGAAUUGAUACGAACAAAUGAGCUGUGCCAAAAUUAUUCCAAUGCUUGCAUAAAACUAUGCCAGGAAAUGGGCGUGGAGGUUGUUGAUCUUUUCUCUGCCUUUCAAAAAAGAGAUGAUUGGACAAAAGCUUGCUUUACAGAUGGCGUUCAUUUAUCUGCAGAGGGAAGCAAAAUAGUUGUGGAGGAGAUCUUGAAGGUGCUGAGGGAAGCUGAGUGGGUUCCAUCUCUUCAUUGGAAGUCCAUGCCCACUGAAUUUUCAGAGGAUUCACCUUACUAUCUUGUUACUGCUGAUGGGAAACGAACUCUAAACCCCUCUGAGUGGACUUUUCACAGGGAGGUUCAGUGGGACUAGGUUGCAAAGCUAUCUUCACUCUUUUAAAUGCCAGAGCCGCAACUACAAAUCGAAGAAAACAAGCUUCUCCUACCAGAGCCCGUGCAAAAAAUAAUUAGCCUAGAGUGAGAUAAUUAUAGUACAGCUCACUCUUGUCAACUGAUGUUGUUGAACUCCAUUUAUUUUUAAUCGAAUUGUUCCUUGUAUAGCCAUAGGUUCUGGUAGCAACAUAUAAUCCUAUCCAAAAUCCUAAUUAAUCUGAAGGAUAGAAUUAAUGAUGCU